AUCAACCUGGGGGUUUUCUGUUGUUUCAAUGGCUUCUGCGAUGAAGCUUUGGGUGGUGGUUUACCUGUCUUGCCUACUAAGUAUGCAAAAAUCCUCCUUUGUUCUUGGGAAACCACAAGUCCCGUGCUUCUUCAUUUUUGGCGACUCUCUUGCUGAUAGUGGCAACAAUAAUGUGCUUAAUACUACGGCUAAGGUCAAUUACGAGCCAUAUGGUAUCGACUUUCCUUAUGGACCAACCGGAAGGUUUUGCAACGGUCGCACCACCGUUGAUAUAAUAACUGAACUUCUGGGAUUUGAAAACUACAUCAUACCAUUUGCUUAUGCUAAUGGCUCCACCAUACUCCGCGGUGUAAACUACGCAUCCGGUGCAUCAGGAAUUCGAAGAGAAACCGGGAUGACAGCGGGCACAGUACUUAGCAUGGGUUUACAGUUAGUGAACCACAAGAAAACAGUAUCCCGAAUCACCAACAUACUAGGAAAGAAAAGUUUGGCUGAAAACUACUUGAACAAGUGCUUAUAUUCAGUCGCAAUGGGCAGCAAUGACUACAUUAACAAUUACUUUUUACCUCUGUACUAUAACACGAGUCAAGAAUAUACACUCGAGGAAUAUGCCGUAGUGCUUAUUGAAGAAUAUUCUCGGCAAAUAAUGAAAUUGUACGAGUUUGGAGCAAAGAAGGUUGUUUUGGGUGGACUGGGACUAAUAGGCUGCACUCCUGCUGCAAUCGCUAACUAUGGCACCAAUGGAUCAUGUUCUGCAGAUCUCAACUAUGCAGCCCAACUUUUCAACAAAGAGCUUGUAUCUCUUGUUGAUCAGCUCAAUGACAAUUUGACUGACGCAAAGUUCGUCUACAUUAACAACUAUGAAAUCGGUUCAGUCAAUACUACAGCACUUGGAUUCACUGUAUCGAAUGCCGGGUGCUGUACAAUUAACAGCGGCGGCCUGUGUGAGGCAGGCUCAACUCCAUGCGAAGAUAGGAGUGAGUAUGUCUUUUGGGAUGGGUAUCAUCCUACUGAUGCUUUUAAUCAGAUUAGUGCCAACAAAAGCUACAGUUCUUAUGAGUCUGCCGACACUUAUCCAAUGGAUAUUAGUCGCCUAGUUGAACUAGAAUUCAAUCCUCUGGUGGCAGAGAUGUAGAUAUUUGAUCGAGUCUAUGAAAAUAAAAUUGUACUGGGAAUUUC